GUGCUAGCACACUUGUUUCAAUUUUCAAAGUGUGACCACCGGCACCAGGUCACCACAUGUGACACGGCUGCAGGGAGACGACACGACGGUCAAGUAAAAGUAAAAAAAAAAAACCUGAGGCUGGCUGGCUACGCUGAGCAAACCCUGUGCCGCCCCCAAAUGGAGAAGGCGCCGGCACCAGCACCAGCACCGGGCACCCAACGGGCGUUCGUGUCCGCCUAUCGGAUCUGGUCGCUUUGACGAAGGAACCAGCGAAUGAUCACUGCUACUAGCUAGCUAGGUUGUUGCGCGGCCGCGAUAAGAGUAACAUGACACUUGUUUUGCUUUUGUUUUUACUAGGCUUGCUGAGUGAGGUGCUGCUGAUGGAUCAUGGAUGUGGUGCGGUGCUGCCUUUUAUAACCGCGCGCGCGCACCACACAACACAACAGACACCACCACGGCCCCGCGCGCGCGCGCCUCCCUCUCCCUCCUAGUCCUAGGCACACACAACACAACGCAAUCCUCCACCGGCUCCGCUACCCGCGGGCGGGCGGGCGCUUUUCGCCUCCUCUGCUCCGAGCUCUCCUAGGUUGGAAGAGUCUUUGCCAAGGGGAUAACAAAAGAGAAAAGUACUUGCAUACCCCAACAAGGCAGCAGCGGCUGCUUUUGGCCUCCUUUUUCUCGCACCUCGCUCCUCUAUUCUCUUCUCUUGUUCGUUCAUCACCCGAGUUGGAGUGCGAGGCAAGAAGGAGAUCGAGCCUGAGGAGGGAGGGAGCCAGGGAGGGAACUGGACGUCCGGACCACCACCACCACCACCACACACACACCAGCCUCGUACGAAGUAAGGAAGGAAGGAAGCCCAGCGCCUAGCAGCCAUGUGGGACCUUAACGACUCGCCGGCCGCCGAGGCCGCCCCGCCUUCCCCGUCCGCCGACGACUCCGGCGCGUCCUCCUCGUCGGCGGCCGCGCUGGUCGAGAUACCCGACGACGCGGACGACGACUCGGCCGCCGCCGCCGCGGAAGCCGUCGUCACGCGCCAGUUCUUCCCGGCCCCGGCCGCCGUCGGCGCGGCGCCCGGGCCCGGCUCGUCGAGCGCGCGCGCGGGCUGGCUUCGCCUGGCCGCCGCGGCUCCACCGCCCGCGGCGGGCGGCAGUAACGGCGUCGCGCAAACCGGUGGCCCCGCGGCGGCGGCGGCGGCGGCUGGCAAGAAGAGCCGGCGCGGGCCGCGGUCGCGCAGCUCGCAGUACCGCGGCGUCACGUUCUACCGCCGGACGGGGCGGUGGGAGUCGCACAUAUGGGAUUGCGGCAAGCAGGUCUAUUUGGGCGGGUUUGACACCGCUCAUGCGGCGGCUCGGGCGUACGAUCGGGCGGCGAUCAAGUUCCGCGGCGUGGAGGCCGACAUCAAUUUCAGUCUGGAGGAUUACCAGGACGACAUGAAGCAGCAGAUGGGCCACCUGAGCAAGGAGGAGUUCGUUCACGUGCUCCGGCGGCAGAGCACGGGGUUCCCCCGGGGCAGCUCCAAGUACAGAGGCGUGACGCUCCACAAGUGCGGGAGGUGGGAGGCGCGCAUGGGCCAGUUCCUCGGCAAGAAGUACGUCUACUUGGGCCUGUUCGACACCGAGGAGGAAGCCGCCAGGGCGUACGACCGCGCGGCCAUCAAGUGCAACGGCAAGGACGCGGUGACAAACUUCGAUCCCAGCAUUUACGCCGAGGAGCUCGAGCCGGCGGGUUCGUCUAUCCCCCGCCCGCGAUCUCCGCCACGAUCGCGCCCCCUCGUCGCUGUGCGGCGAUUUCGCUACAGGCUACAGCCUAUACAGGCAAGCUCUGACGGUCCGCUGUUUCGCCGUGCAGCGUCGACGGGCGGCGGUGGCGAUGACCACAAUCACAACCUGGACCUGUCGCUGGGGAGCUCGGCGGGGAACAAAAGGGGCAGCCUUGACGACGGCGGCGGCGGAGGAGGCGGCGGCGACGACGAGACCUCGGACCAGCGCGUCCCCAUGGCGUUCGACGUCGACUGGCAGACGGCCGCGCCCCGGAGCACGAAAGCAAAGGUACCCGUUCGGUUCGGUCUCGCGUUCCGCAUCAACGAGGCGUGUCUUGUAAAAUGUUGCCUAAUAAAGCAAGCUUUGUCACGUUUCAACCACCGGGUACGGUGGCCGGCGCAGCUGGACGCGAGCUCCAAGCAACCCCAGACCCAGAUGCUGCCUCCUCCGCCUCCUGCUGUCUUGCGAGUCGCCCACCAGCUGCCGUUGCCGUUCGGUCCCAGGCAUCCGCAAUCGCAGUUCCUGAGCAACGGCGGCGAUCCGGGGACCUCGGGAGGCCUGUCCCUCGCGAUCGGCGGCGCGGGCGGCGGGCACUGGCCUCCCCAGCUGCAGCACCUGCAGCAGCAGAGGCUGCACGGCGCCUGGGCCAACGGCGGCGGCACGAGCUGGCCGCCUCCGCCGCACCCGCACCCGCACCCGCACCCGCCGCCACCGAGCACCGCCGCGACCGCAGCUGCAGCAUCAUCACGAUUCCCUCCCUACGUUGUUACUACGACGCAAGGCCCGGCAGGCUGGGCUCAGAAGAAUGGGUUCCAUUCGCUGGCCAGGCCAACCUAGUAUGCCAAGAACCACGACUGGCCGGAGCGUUCAUUCGUCGUCGAUCGUCGACCCAGGGCAAACGACACCUCCAACCACUGCACGACGACGUUUUAAUUUACCGGAUGCCAUUCUCUCUCUCCCCUCCCCCCUUCCCUUCUCCCUUCUCCCUUCUCCCUUCUCUGUGUUCUUGAUUGGGUGAGACAUGGAUCCGAGGAUGGAUGGACGGCCUGUACCUGAGGAGUUCCCGGGAAGAAGACGAGUGAGUGAGUGAGUGAUUGGUAGGGUAGGCGACUAGGCGUCGCGUCAGGCAGUACGUCCUUUUGGCGCCUUUUUUCUUCUUUCACUCACCAUUGGCGACCACCAAUGAAUGAUGACACUGACUGGGGUGUCAACAUCGCAGCUGGUUUUGUUUGGUCUCAUGUUGCAUCACUCGCUGCUCCACGAUGCCUUGCUAUGGUUGGGGGGAGAUUUGCUCCAUCCACCCCACGCCGGUCAGGCGACAGAGCCUCCGCUGCGUCGUCUCAUCCGUCUGGUGAGUUGCCACUGUCUUAGAAUCUGAGUGGUACGGUACGUGUGGAUCUCGCGCGCGUGUAAACCUAGUAUUAUGUACUACAAACUGUCAUCAUCGGAGAUCACUCGAAUAAGAUAUCGAUCUUGAGAUUACGGGCGGCGGCUCCUGUCAUGUGCUUACUACAGCAAAGCUGAUAAACUGUCCGAGUCUGAACAGCUCAUGUAAUGGAACGCCGCAUAGAUAUUUCCUU